AUGCUUCCAUCGGUAAGACGCUUUCUUUCCAUUGGAAAGGUUUCAAACUUUGCUAAAGUAGCUUAUUCAACACACGACUAUUCCAAUGUAGAUGUUCUCACUCCAGGAUUUAUAAAUCAUUUGAAAAUAAACAAGAGCUCUUCUUACUCAGAAGAUGAUUACGACAAGAAGGUGUUGGAACCGAGAAGGAUAUCAGACAGCCGCACAAAGUGUAUAAUUCCAUUAUCGACUGAUGAAGAGAAACAAUUACUAUACACCAGUACUACUGGGAGUGUACGAGUCGGCAAAAUACUAGAGGUACUGGAUUUGAUGUCCGUCUAUGUGAGUAUGCUUCACAACCGUGAAAUAGAUCCUGCUAAUCCUGUAAUGAGUUUGAAAGGUCCCAGUACCUUACCUCGUAACAUCGUUACAGCAUCCUUGUAUAAGAUGGAUAUCCUACAGAGCAACUUAAGUUCUAAUCGGGAUAUUAUCUUAGAAGGAUAUGUCGGAUGGGCUGGGAGAAGUAGUCUAGACGUUGCUUUGUUUGUUUACCAAAACAAUGGGAAGGAUUCUACAGAUGAGCUCGUGAUGAGAGCAAACUUCAUGAUGGCUUCGCGGCAUCCAAGAGAAACGAGAGCUGUGAGAAUACAUCCACUCAUAGCUGAAACGGAGGAAGAUGAGCAGAUAAUAAAAUUGGGUGAACAAUCUGCGCUUGAAAGAAAAAAAGAUAUUACACGAUCUCUUAUCCGUACCUAUCCUACCAAUGAGGAGUUCCGUUUACUGCAUAACAACCUCUUGGAAUCCGUUAAGAAGUCUGAAGGACACGUCUACCAACCAGAACUAAGGGAAGAUCAGGCUUGGAUUUCCGAUACGAAAACUGAAGUCCAGCUCAUUUGUCAUCCAGAAAAUCAGAACGUUUAUGGAAAAAUCUUUGGCGGGUUCAUCAUGAAAGAAGCCUUGGAGUUAGCCCAACUCAAUGCUGAGAUGUUCUGCAAAGAGAGAGUUAGGAUCAUCGCUAUGGAUGAUGUCAAGUUCAGUUCACCAGUAGAGAUUGGAGAUUUCCUUCAUAUUACUGCUUUCAUAACUAACACUAAGCAGCAUUACAUGCAGGUUCAUGCUCAUGCUGAAGUAGUCUGUCGUAAAACGUAUGUUAAAAGAACUAGCAAUGAAUUCCACUUCACUAUGGAGACAGUAUCUGAGAAACCUGUACGAGAAGUAUUCCCAAGACAUUACUCUCAUGGUACUCUGUGGUUGGAUGGACACCGUCAUUUGGAAAAAGCUUUAACACGUAACAGCAAAUCUCAUUGA